CCCCCCCCCCCCCCGCCGCGGGAACGGUGACCAGCUGGCCGGAAGCGCCAAACUGCGUCCCUGUCCGAGCCCUGGGGAUCAAUCAGGCCGAGGAGUUAAUUAUGUAAUGAGGGGGCAGGGGGUCGGGGCUAAUGAAGUCUCCCAAGGAGGAGGGGGAGGGUACCCAGGUAUCCGGCCCCCUCUUGGAUCCCUUCGAGGCCCCAGGGGUCUUCACUCCAGUCCACCUUCAGGGCCCCAAAGAGGGGAGGGGCUGUGAUCCCGGGUCUGCAAGGGGCUGAGCUGUGGCUAUAAAGGGGCGUCUCUCAGCAUGCGGGGACUCCAGGCAGUGUGACCUGGGAGGCCAGCGAGACUACAACAUGUACCAUCCUCGAGAGUUGUACCCCUCCCUGGGGACCAGCUACCGUCUGGGGCCCCCGCAGACUGGGACCGACUCCAGCUUCCCUACUGCCCUGGCAGAGGGCUACCGCUAUCCGGAUCUAGACCCCCCCAAACUGGACUGCUACCUCUCUGGGAUUGAAGCUGCACCACGCUCAUUGGCUGCACCCCCACCUCUGCCCCUCCUGCCCCCCACCCUGGGCACCGAGCCAGCCCUGCCAGCUGCAGAGGCCCUUCACUCGCUCCCUGGGGUCAGCUUGAGCCUGGAGAACCAGGAGCUGUGGAAGGAGUUCAGCGCUGUGGGGACAGAGAUGAUCAUCACCAAAGCUGGCAGACGCAUGUUCCCUGGUUGCCGGGUGUCAGUUACUGGCCUGGAUCCCGAGGCCCGCUACCUGUUUCUUCUGGAUGUGGUGCCGGUAGACGGGGCUCGGUACCGCUGGCAGGGCAGGCGCUGGGAGCCCAGCGGCAAGGCAGAGCCCCGCCUGCCUGACCGCGUCUACAUUCACCCCGACUCUCCGGCCACCGGCGCCCACUGGAUGCGGCAGCCCGUGUCCUUCCAUCGCGUCAAGCUCACCAACAGCACGCUGGACCCCCACGGCCAUCUGAUCUUGCACUCCAUGCACAAGUACCAGCCCCGCAUACACCUGGUGCGGGCCGCCCAACUCUGCAGCCAGCACUGGGGGGGCGUGGCCUCCUUCCGCUUCCCGGAGACCACAUUCAUCUCUGUGACAGCCUACCAGAACCCGCGGAUCACACAACUGAAGAUUGCAGCCAAUCCCUUUGCUAAAGGCUUCCGGGAGAAUGGCAGAAACUGUAAGAGGGAGCGAGACGCCCGCGUGAGGAGGAAGCUCCGGAGCUCAGGGCCAGUCGCCACAGGGGCCUACGGGAGUGGAGACACACCAGGGGGUCCCUGUGACUCCACCCUGGGAGGAGACAUCCGGGAGCCAGACGCAGAGCAGGCCCUGGCCGCCCGGGAAGCUGCUCCCACCCCAGCUCCCCCUUGCAGUGGCCCCAGUGCCGAGGCCUACCUCCUGCACCCUGCCGCCUUCCACGGGGCCCCAGGCCACCUACCAAGCAGGAACCCCAGUUUCCCAGAGGCUCCAGACACUGGGCGCCCAGCCCCCUACGCUGCUGCAUUCUUGGAACUACAGCCUGGACCAGGGAGCUCAGGCCACCCAGCAGCUCCACCUGCUGCAUCCUUUGCCCCACCCUUCCUGCAGGGGGGCCCCUUCCCCCUGCCAUAUCCAGGGCCCGGGGGUUACCUGGAUGUGGGCUCCAAGCCCAUGUACUGAGCUGUCACAGGGCCCCUGCGGCCCACCUUCCAUCACAAACCUGUUCCCUUCCCCAUCCUUAGCCCCAUUCCAGGCCCACCCCCCACACCAAAUGGCUGCCUCGGCCCCGCCCCCCACUUCACACCCCGAUUUCACUCCCACCCUCCUCUGGCUUCAAAGCCCAGGCAAGGCUGCUGGGAGUCCAGCUGGGGCCAGCUUCCCCUUCCAGGCUCUCACCUCAGUGUGAAUGGAGGGGCUCUGCCUGGCCAAAUGGGGCCACAGCCCAGCAGCAUCCCCUGGGCCCCCCACACCACCAGUGGACACCACACCAGUCUGUCUUCAGGACCACAGCAUUUUUGUUAAUAAAACUCAAAAGACAUCAGUGCUUGGGAAAUGCUGGGCCUGCGGUGUUGACCCGGGUGGGGCAGGGUGAGCACAGCGUCACAGGACAGCUCGGCUGGAGCAGAAUUCCCAGGCCGCCACUGCCUGGCCUUGCGCACGCCAUCCGCCUUCAGCCUGCUCCGAGCUGCCUUCCUCUUCAGGAAAACUGGGGACCCGAAAACAGUGGGUGUUUGCAGAACUGAGGCUGCCUUUGAGAAGCCACCUUCUACCCGGUCCUGAGGAGGCCUGCAGGGAGCAGGACAGGCCUGGGCCUCGCCUUCCUCCCAGGGUUGGCCCCAGGCCAGCGUUGCCCCACACCCAAACAAGUCUGACAUGAGCCUGGAGACCAUUUUUCUUCUUUUAUUAGAAUUUUUUUCUUUUUUCUCAAAACUUUUAUCUAAAAAAA